UGUCAUCGAAUAUUUGAUCAGACAUCACUGAGAAGAGUGAGUGAGUGAGGGUGCUAUGUUCCACGUCCUCUCACAAUGUCUGUCGUCUCCGACGGCCACCCUGUCGCAGGCGCGUCAAGCCCACGCCUUGAUCCUCAAACUGAACCUCUUCUCCGACACCCACCUCACCACCACCCUCCUCUCUCUCUACGCCAACACCCACUCUCUCUCCACCCCCCAACUCUCCCUCACCCUCUCCUCCCACCUCCCCCACCCCACCCUCUUCUCCUUCUCCUCACUCAUCCAAGCCUUCGCCCGCUCUUCCCACUUCCCCCACGUCCUCACCGCAUUCUCCCACCUCGCCCCCCGCGGCCUCGUCUCCGAUGCCUUCCUCCUCCCCACCACCAUUAAGUCAUGCGCCAUCCUCCGCGCCCUCAACCAGGGCCAACAGGUCCACGCCUUCGCCCUCGCAUCUGGGUUUCUCUCGGAUUCCAUCGUCGCCUCCUCGUUGAUCCAGAUGUACCUCAAAUGUGAUCGCAUUCUCGAUGCAAGGAAACUGUUCGACAGAAUGCCUGAGAGAGAUGUCGUUGUCUGGAGUGCCAUGAUCGCUGGCUACUCGCGCCUUGGACUUGUGGAUGAGGCCAGAGGGCUUUUUGGUGAGAUGAGGAGUUCUGGGGUGGAGCCCAAUUUGGUGACGUGGAAUGGCAUGCUUGCUGGGCUUAGUAAUAAUGGGUUGUAUGACGAGGCGGUGGGGAUGUUUCGGGUGAUGUUGUUGGAAGGGUUUUUGCCUGACGGGAGUACUGUUUCGUGUGUGCUUCCUUCUGUGGGGUGCUUGGAGGAUGUGGUGAUGGGAUCUCAGGUUCAUGGUUAUGUGAUCAAGCAGGGGCUGUUAUGUGACAAGUUUGUGGUUAGUGCUAUGCUUGAUAUGUAUGGGAAAUGUGGCUGUGUGAAGGAGAUGAGUAGGGUGUUUGAUGAAGUGGAGGAAAUGGAAAUCGGGUCUUUGAAUGCUUUUCUUACUGGCUUGUCGCGGAAUGGUAUGGUUGACGCCGCGUUGGAGGUGUUUAACAGGUUAAAGGACCAGAAAAUGGAGUUGAAUGUUGUGACAUGGACUUCGGUAAUUGCUAGCUGUUCCCAGAAUGGCAAGGAUUUCGAGGCUUUGGAGCUUUUUAGAGAUAUGCAGGCUUAUGGGGUGGAGCCUAAUGCUGUGACAAUCCCAAGCUUGAUUCCUGCUUGUGGGAAUAUUUCAGCCUUGACACACGGGAAGGAAAUUCAUUGCUUUUCUCUUAGAAAGGGGAUUUUUGAUGACGUAUAUGUAGGUAGUGCGUUGAUAGAUAUGUAUGCCAAAUGUGGGAGAAUUCAGUUGUCCCGGCGUUGUUUUGACAAUAUGUUGGCCCCAAAUUUGGUUUCGUGGAAUGCUGUUAUGAGUGGAUAUGCAAUGCAUGGAAAGGCUAAGGAAACAAUGGAGAUGUUUCAUAUGAUGCAGCAGAGUGGCCAGAAGCCGGAUUCGAUUACAUUUACGUGUGUUUUAUCAGCAUGUGCGCAAAAUGGCUUGACUGAAGAAGGAUGGCAUUAUUAUAAUAGUAUGUCCAAAGAACAUGGCAUUGAGCCUAAAAUGGAACAUUAUGCUUGCAUGGUGACUCUGCUCAGUCGUGUUGGAAAACUUGAAGAGGCUUACUCUAUCAUUAAGGAAAUGCCAUUUGAACCUGAUGCUUGUGUAUGGGGAGCCCUGCUAAGUUCUUGCAGAGUUCACAAUAAUUUGAGUUUAGGUGAAAUUGCUGCAGAGAAGCUUUUUCCGUUAGAACCAGCAAACCCUGGGAACUACGUUCUUUUGUCCAAUAUCUAUGCUUCAAAGGGCUUGUGGGAGGAAGAAAAUAGAAUACGUGAAAUGAUGAAAAGUAAGGGAUUGAGGAAAAACCCUGGAUAUAGUUGGAUUGAAGUUGGACACAAAGUGCACAUGCUUCUUGCCGGUGACCAAUCACAUCCACAGAUGAAAGAUAUCUUGGAGAAGUUGGAUAAAUUGAAUAUGGAGAUGAAGAAGUCUGGUUACCUCCCCAAGACUAACUUUGUGCUGCAAGAUGUGGAGGAACAGGAUAAGGAGCAAAUAUUGUGCGGGCACAGUGAGAAGUUAGCUGUAGUAUUAGGGCUACUCAACACAAGUCCAGGACAACCUCUUCAAGUAAUUAAAAACCUGAGAAUAUGUGAUGACUGCCAUGCUGUGAUAAAAGCAAUAAGCAGAUUGGAAGGAAGAGAAAUUUAUAUAAGGGACACAAAUCGUUUUCACCAUAUCAAAGACGGUGUUUGUUCAUGUGGAGAUUUUUGGUAAAUGGCCAUGGUUUUAUCGGAACUUAUAUUCAAGAGGGGUCAAAAUUCUGCCGUGGAUCCACCCUGUGGAUGAGAGAAUGUAUUAUAAUCAUGAUUAUUUGCAGCCAAGAAUUUGAUGCCAUCCAUGUAGUUAAGCAUCUCGAGAAUGAAGACACGUGUGCUUCAUCUUUUGGUGGCUGGAAGCUGAAUAAUUCUCAGUUGUUUUCAACUGAUGGCUCUCUUCCUUUGACACGGGCCCUCCUUUUCAAGGCUUAAUAUGUUUUUAUCAGCUAGAUCGAGGAAACAGGUGAUGAAGAAGAAUUCCAAGAAAACUGUAUACGGAAUUGUCAAACAGAUCAUCUAGGAUUUUUUCUGACAACUCGUGGUCUGAUUCCCUAGACUUUCCUUUGCAAGGGUCGCUGUGUCCAUGUCAGUGGUAAAUACCUGAUUUCACAUCAAUUAGUAGAUUCAAACACAUGUUGAUUUGUGAUACUUCUCAGAGUCUUCAUAGGCUCAAGACCCCCUUCCAGAAUGUUUUUUUCUCUGGAGCAGAGCAUAUAUUUCUUCUGUUUACGUUAGGUUCUUGUGACAUUGGACUAAAAUAUUUAUCAUAAUAAAUGCGGGUUCUUUAAGUGUCUGUAAUUUUAUGUGGGUAUGAAGGCACCUUUUACGGAUGCCUUGUGAAUUUUGGAGACGUGAUUCCUUAACUUCUGCUGCAUGACAA